AUGACUACUUCUACUGCGUGUCCUACUCCUACUACCACGACGACAACCCCCGCGACAAAGCUCCCCCCACUCAAAAUCUCCAUAGCCAGCGACGAGACAGGAUACGAGUACAAAGAAGCCCUGAAGGCCCAUCUGGAGCAGAACCCCCACGUGGCCGUCGUCACUGACGUCGGGGUCCACGGAGCAGAAGCAACAACCGCUGAAGCAGACGGAGAAACAGAAAGAGAAGGCGAAGGCGAAGGCGAAGGCGAAGGAGAAAGAGGAGAGACGGCAUACGCCCAUCCGGCCGUCAAGGCCGCGAUGCUGGUCAAGACCGGCACGGUGGAUCGCGCCCUGCUCGUCUGCGACACGGGCAUGGGUGUCGCCAUCGCCGCGAACAAGGUCCCCGGGAUCAGGGCCGUCACGGCGCACGACCCUUACAGCGUUGAACGCGCCAUCCUGAGCAACGACGCCCAGGUCCUCUGCUUCGGGCACAAGGUCAUCGGCAUCGAGGUCGCCAAGAGGCUGGCUUCGGACUGGGUCAAGUUCAGGUUUGAUCCGAAGAGUUCGAGCGCGGAGGAGAUUGCUGCUAUUCACGGCCGGAAAGAAACGUUGAUUCUGGCGUGA